AUGACAGUUGCAUGGACCGGAAUUGCUUCAAGUUUAUUAUCUGAAGGAAGAAUUGUACAUAGUCGUUUCAAACUUCCUGUACCUAUCUUAGGAACGUCUACAUCAAGUAUUCCACCAAACACUAAGGAACCUGAAGAGAUUAGAAAGAUACACGUUUUUAUCUGGGAUGAAGCACCAAUGGCUUCAUACUAUGCUCUCAAUGCAAUUAAUAUUUUACUGAGAGAUAUAAUGAACAUCGGUACAUCUUUUGGAAGCAAAGUUAUGAUAUUCGAUGAAGGUUUUCGGCAAUUUGUUCCAGUCAUUCGACUUGCAAAAAAAUCAGAAUUAAUUGCAGCAAGUAUCAAAAGUUCUAAUCUCUGGCCUUAUUUCAAGAUCAUACAUCUAAACCAGAACAUGAGAGCAGGACCAGGUGAAGAAGAAUUCUAA